AUGCGGCGGCAGCUUCCUCGAUACGAUCGCUGCGAUGAGCCGCUGGAGCGAUCGGUUCCGCGGCUCGAGAGGCGCGAGAUCGCCGCAGACAAGGCCACAAUCGUCGCUCUCCUCGCCCGAUGCAUUCAAAACGACGCGCUGUGGAUGGGCAGGCGAGUCCACGCACAGAUUUCCAGGGCCGGCCGCGACGGAGAGGCUUUCAUCGGCAAUCACCUCGUGGAGAUGUAUGGCAAGUGCGGCAGCAUAUCUGGAGCGCACGCUGCGUUCGAGGCCAUCACGGCGAGAAAUCCACACUCCUGGAAUAUCAUGAUCUCAGCAUAUGCCCAGAACGGGCAUCUGGAAGAGGCUCAAGUGUUGUUUGAUGAGAUGCCGGAAAAGAAUGUUAUCUCGUGGAAUACAAUGCUUGCAGCGCAUCUAGGGGUCGGGAAUCUCGAUCGCGCAACGGCGGUGUUUCAUGCAAUGCCCGAAAGAGAUUCCAUCUCCUGGAACACGCUAAUCACCGCAUUUGCCGAGGCCGGGCAUCUGUACAUGGCGAGAAGCUUGCUCGCCCAAAUGCCCGAUCGGAGCGUCUCGUCCUGGAACGCGAUGAUCACAGGCUACGCUCGCAGCGGCGAUGGGAGAUCCGCCUUGCAGCUCUUCUCCGCCAUGGAUCUCGAGGGCCAGCGGGCGAACAUCAUAACUCUGGUGGUGGCCAUUGGCGCUUGCCAAGAUGUAGACGCCACGCUCUCCCUCCACUCGAGCCUCGCCGCCCCGGGCCUCGACUCGGACGCCAUCGUUGCGAGCGCGCUCGUCGCCGCCUAUGGAAGACACGGCAGCGUAGAGAACGCCCAGCGUUGCUUCGAUGGGAUCACCCGCAAGGACGUGGUUGCAUGGACGGUGAUCCUCACGGCCUACGCUCAAAACGGCCAUGCCCGCGAGGCCCUCCGCGUGUUCCAACACAUGAACCUCGACGGUGCCAAGCCAUGCAACGUGACGCUCUUGGCGAUCUUCCACGCCUGCGCCAGCGACGCGUCGGCAGCGCCGUUUGGGAGGACGAUCCACGCUAGCCUGGCCGGGACCGGGAUGGAUCACGAUGUCUCGGUUGGCACCGCGCUGGUGGACAUGUACGGGAAUGCCGGGAGCCUGGAGGAGGCGCGGUCGGCCUUCGCCAAGAUCGCCAGGAAGAGCGUCGUCUCGUGGACUGCGAUUAUCGCCGCGAAUGCCCAGAACGGGCAUAGCCGUGAGGCGCUGGAGCUCUUCCGGGAGAUGCUCGUCGAGGGGGUGAAGCUCAACGAGAUCACGAUGCUGAGCGCGCUUUCGGCGUGUAGCCGCGCGGGGCUCGUGGAAGACGGCCAUAGCCUGUUCGCUGGAGUGGAAUCUGACUACCACUUUUCCAGGAACUUGGAGCACUACCAGUGCGCGAUCGAUCUUCUGGGGCGAGCCGGUCAUGUGGAGCUCGCCGCGGAGCUGAUGAGCAGCAUGCCUUUCCAGCCGGGAUCGGUGGCGAGCGCGACGUUGGUGGCAGCUUGUCACACUCACGGGAAUCUGGAGCAGGGGCUGAGAGCUGCCACAGGUGGUGGAUCAUUGAUGUCGCCAUCACCUGGAGGAUCAUCCGGACGGGGACCAGGAUCAUCAGGAGGAGCAGCCGCCGCAGCGGUUUUGAUCUCAAACAUUUACUCCACGAGCUUGUGA